CUUAGAGGCAACCAAUGAGGACCGAAGAUAUUGAGAGGUGUGGCCUGCGUUAGUGAUUUCAAACCCUGCUGAGAAGCGGCCCAAGCGCUGCCUUACCGCGCGGCCCAGGAAUUACCGUGAAGAAUUAAAAGAAACUGAAGCAUCAUGGGGGAUGAUAGUGAAUGGAUGAAAUUACCCAUUGAUCAGAAAUGUGAACACAAGUUGUGGAAGGCCCGGUUAAAUGGGUAUGAAGAAGCCUUGAAACUGUUUGAGAAGAUAGAUGAUGAGAAGAGCCCUGAAUGGUCCAAGUAUCUUGGACUUAUAAAGAAAUUUGUGACAGACUCCAAUGCAGUAGCGCAGCUGAAAGGUUUGGAAGCAGCACUUGCCUAUGUCGAAAAUGCUCAUGUAGCAGGAAAAACAACAGGAGAAGUAGUGUCUGGAGUUGUAAACAAAGUCUUCAAUCAACCUAAAGCUAAGGCCAAGGAGCUAGGCAUAGACAUAUGUCUUAUGUUUAUUGAAAUUGAGAAGGGGGAAACAGUACAAGAAGAACUGCUGAAAGGCUUCGACAAUAAGAAUCCCAAGAUCAUAGUAGCAUGUAUUGAGACGCUGAGGAGAGCACUAAGUGAAUUUGGCUCCAAAAUAAUCUCAUUGAAGCCAAUAAUCAAGGUAUUGCCAAAACUUUUUGAGUCUCGAGAGAAGGCUGUUCGAGAUGAAGCCAAACUUCUUGCUGUUGAGAUCUAUCGAUGGAUAAGGGACGCUCUAAGGCCUCCGCUACAAAAUAUAAACUCUCUUCAGUUAAAAGAACUAGAAGAAGAAUGGGUCAAACUGCCAUCGUCUGCCCCCAAGCAGACCAGAUUCCUUCGCUCCCAGCAAGAAAUGAAGGCAAAGUUUGAGCAGCAGCAGGCAGCUGGUGGGGAUGCAGAUGGAGGUGGAGAUGAUACUGAUGAAGCUAUUCCACAGGUGGAUGCUUAUGAACUUCUGGAAGCAGUUGAAAUUCUCUCCAAGCUUCCUAAAGAUUUCUAUGAUAAAAUUGAGGCCAAAAAAUGGCAGGAGAGGAAAGAAGCUUUGGAAGCAGUUGAACUACUGGUUAAAAAUCCCAAGCUGGAAGCUGGAGACUAUGCAGAUUUGGUGAAAGCUCUUAAGAAGGUUGUUGGAAAAGAUACCAAUGUGAUGUUGGUUGCUUUAGCUGCUAAAUGCCUUGCUGGAUUGGCUACUGGACUCAGAAAGAAAUUUGGACAGUAUGCAGGUCAUGUCGUCCCAACUAUCCUGGAAAAGUUCAAAGAGAAGAAGCCUCAGGUGGUGCAAGCUUUGCAAGAAGCCAUCGAUGCCAUAUUCCUUACAACUACACUCCAAAAUCUCAGUGAGGAUAUAUUGGCUGUGAUGGAUAACAAAAACCCAACCAUCAAGCAGCAGACCUCCCUCUUCAUUGCAAGAAGCUUCCGUCACUGCACUCCUUCUACUUUGCCCAAGGCCCUACUCAAGCCUUUCUGUGCUGCUCUCCUUAAGCAUAUUAAUGAUUCGGCUCCUGAGGUUAGAGAUGCUGCAUUUGAAGCCUUGGGUACUGCUUUGAAAGUAGUAGGUGAGAAAGCUGUGAAUCCAUUCCUGACAGAUGUGGACAAACUGAAGUUAGACCGGAUCAAAGAGUGUGCUGAAAAAGUGGAGCUGGCUGCUGGAGGUAGAGUUGUUGGAGGAGCUGACAGAAAGGAGAACAAACCUGUUGCUGGGAAGGCUCCAACUCUUUCGGGGGCUGCUGGUGAUAAAGACACAAAAGAUAAUGUGGCCAAAUCUGGUCCAGUGAAAAAGGCACCUGCUGCUAAGGUCGGUGGGCCAUCGAAGAAGGCCAAGCCAGUUACUGCUGGUGGAGCUGUAAGUUCUGGAACAAAAGGCAAGAAGGGAACUGAAGUAAAGGAAAUAUUUGAGCCAGAGCUUUCGAUAGAGAUGUGUGAGGAGAAGGCUUCAGCUGUCCUCCCAGCUGCUUGCCUGCAGCAGUUAGAUAGUGGCAACUGGAAGGAAAGGCUUGCUUGCAUGGAAGAAUUUCAAAAGGCUGUGGAGCUAAUGGACAGAGCUGAGAUGCCUUGUCAGGCUCUAGUAAGGAUGUUGGCAAAGAAACCUGGAUGGAAGGAGACCAACUUCCAGGUGAUGCAGAUAAAACUUCGAAUAGUUGCUUUGGUUGCUCAGAAAGGAAACUUCUCCAAAACAUCUGCUCAGAUUGUGCUGGAUGGUCUUGUGGACAAAAUUGGUGAUGUAAAAUGUGGGAACAAUGCAAAAGAAGCACUAACAGCGAUAGCAGAGGCUUGUCAACUACCUUGGACUGCUGAACAGGUUAUGUCCCUGGCCUUUUCACAGAAGAAUCCAAAGAACCAAUCAGAGACUUUGAACUGGCUCUCAAAUGCUAUCAAAGAGUUUGGGUUUGCAGGAUUGAAUGUAAAAGCUUUUAUCAGCAAUGUUAAGACUGCUCUUGCAGCUACAAAUCCUGCUGUGAGAACAUCUGCCAUAACUCUGUUAGGUGUCAUGUAUCUGUAUGUGGGCCCCCCUUUGCGGAUGUUCUUUGAGGAUGAAAAACCUGCUCUUCUUUCCCAAAUAGAUGCUGAGUUUGAAAAAAUGCAAGGACAAACACCACCUGCUCCAAGUCGAGGCAAUUCUAGGCAUACUGUUGGCAGUGGAGAUGAUGGUGAGGAAGGCGAAGAGCAGGAGGAGGCAGGAAAUGAUGUUGUGGAUCUGUUGCCAAGAACCGAUAUCAGUGAUAGGAUCACCUCUGAACUGGUGUCUAAGAUUGGUGAUAAAAACUGGAAAAUCCGAAAGGAAGGUCUAGAUGAAGUAACAACCAUAAUUAAUGAAGCCAAAUUCAUACAGCCAAAUAUAGGUGAACUUGCACCUGCUUUGAAGAGUCGUCUCAAUGAUUCCAAUAAAAUCCUGGUGCAACAAACUCUGAGUAUUCUGCAGCAACUGGCCACUGCUAUGGGCCCAAAUAUCAAGCAACAUGUGAAAAACCUGGGCAUUGCUAUCAUCACAAUCCUUGGAGACAGUAAGAACAAUGUACGGACAGCUUCUUUAACUACUGUCAAUGCCUGGACAGAACAAACAGGAAUGAAAGAGUGGUUGGAAGGGGAAGACUUGUCUGAAGAGCUAAAGAAGGAGAACCCUUUCCUAAGGCAAGAGCUUUUAGGUUGGCUGGCAGAUAAGUUGCCAACUCUCCGUAGUGUCCCCUCAGACUUGGCUUUAUGUGUGCCUCACCUGUACUCUUGCUUGGAGGAUCGAAAUGGAGAUGUCCGUAAAAAGGCACAAGAUGUAUUGCCUUUCUUCAUGAUGCACCUGGGAUUUGAGAAGAUGGCCAAAGCCACUGGCAAGCUGAAGCCAGCUUCCAAAGACCAAGUACUGGCCAUGCUUGAAAAAGCCAAAGCCAAUAUGCCUGCCAAACCUGCGCCACCUAACAAGACAUCUUCCAGAUCAAUAGGAGCAGCUCCAGCCAAAUCACAGUCUGCAUCAGGUUUUGGUGAAGAGUCUUCGUCUAGCACUGUGGAGACCAAGGUAGAUGCCAAAAAGGCCAAAGCAGGAGGAACUGCCCCUAAAACUAAGCAUUCUGAUGCUAAUACAAGCUUCACCAAAGGCAGUAAUGUGACAAAGAACAGACCUAUCAAACCGGGUAUACAGGGGAAGAAGGUACCAAGCAAGUCCAACCUGAAGGAAGAUGAUGAUAGAUCUGGCCCAGUUUUUAUUGUGGUUCCAAAUGGGAAAGAACAAAGGAUGAAAGAUGAAAAAGGAUUAAAAGUUUUGAAAUGGAAUUUCACUACACCUCGUGAUGAAUAUAUUGAACAGUUGAAGACUCAAAUGUCCAGCUGUGUUGCUAAGUGGUUACAAGAUGAGAUGUUCCAUGCAGAUUUUCAACACCACAACAAAGCUCUUGGUGUAAUGAUUGAGCAUUUGGAGAGUGAAAAGGAGGGAGUUAUCAAUUGUUUGGAUCUGAUCCUAAAAUGGCUUACCCUGAGAUUUUUUGACACUAACACAAGUGUCCUGAUGAAGACUCUGGAGUACCUCAAACUGCUCUUUACCAUGUUGAACCAAGAAGAGUACCAUCUUACUGAAAAUGAGGCCACCUCCUUCAUCCCAUAUCUUAUUUUAAAGGUUGGAGAACCAAAAGAUGUUGUCCGUAGGGAUGUGCGUGCCAUUCUGAAUAGGAUGUGCCUUGUCUACCCAGCCAGCAAGAUGUUCACUUUCAUAAUGGAAGGAACAAAGUCAAAGAAUUCAAAACAGCGGGCAGAGUGCUUGGAAGAGCUGGGAUGUCUAGUUGAAUCGUAUGGCAUGAAUGUGUGUCAGCCAACCCCAGGCAAAGCCUUAAAGGAAAUAGCAAUUCACAUUGGUGACAGAGACAAUACUGUCAGAAAUGCUGCUCUCAACACCAUUGUAACAGUUUACAAUGUACAUGGGGACCAGGUGUUCAAGCUGAUUGGGAAUCUUUCUGAGAAGGACAUGAGCAUGUUGGAAGAACGAAUAAAGAGGUCUGCUAAGAGGCCAAAUACUGCUUUAGCAAGGCAGGUGGAGGAGAAACCACAGCGCAUUCAGAAUCCCAGUGUCAACACUAACAUGCUCCGGAAGGGACCAGCUGAAGACAUGUCUUCCAAGCUGAACCAAGCCCGUAACAUGAGUGGCCAUCCAGAGACAACACAUUCAGUUCCACGAGAGUUUCAGCUGGAUUUAGACGAGAUAGAAAAUGAUAAUGGCACAGUGCGAUGUGAAAUGCCAGCACUUGUCCAACACAAACUGGAUGACAUCUUUGAACCAGUGUUAAUCCCUGAACCCAAGAUCCGUGCUGUGUCUCCACACUUUGAUGAUAUGCACAGUAACACAGCAUCCACCAUCAAUUUUGUAAUUUCCCAGGUAGCUAGUGGUGAUAUCAGUACUAGCAUCCAAGCUCUUGCACAGAUUGAUGAAGUUCUGAGACAAGAGGACAAAGCAGAAGCUAUGUCUGGCCACAUUGAUCAGUUCCUAAUAGCUACAUUCAUGCAGCUCCGGCUGAUUUACAAUACUCACAUGGCUGAUGAGAAACUGGACAAGGAUGAGAUAGUCAAAUUGUACAGCUGCAUAAUUGGAAACAUGAUUUCGCUGUUCCAAAUUGAAAGCUUGGCCAGGGAGGCCUCUGCAGGAGUUCUGAAGGACUUGAUGCAUGGCCUCAUUACCUUAAUGCUGGAUUCAAGAGUUGAAGACCUAGAGGAAGGCCAGCAAGUUAUCAGAUCUGUUAACCUACUCGUGGUAAAAGUUCUGGAGAAAUCUGACCAGACCAACAUUUUGAGUGCCCUGCUUGUUCUACUCCAGGACAGUCUGUUAGCAACUGCAAGCUCCCCCAAGUUCUCAGAACUUGUAAUGAAGUGUUUAUGGAGAAUGGUAAGACUUCUUCCUGAAACAAUCAACACUAUCAACCUGGAUCGAAUCAUGUUGGACAUCCACACCUUUAUGAAAGUGUUUCCCAAGGAGAAAUUAAAGCAGUGCAAGAGUGAAUUCCCAAUACGAACGCUGAAGACUUUGAUUCACACCUUGUGUAAGCUCAAGGGACCCAAGAUCUUAGAUCAUCUAACAAUGAUAGAUAACAAGAAUGAGUCAGAGUUGGAAGCUCACCUGUGCAGAGUAAUGAAACACUCCUUGGACCAAACUGGAAGUAAAUCUGAUAAAGGCUCAGAAAAAGGAGCUUCUCGCAUAGAGGAAAAGCCACCAAAGGCCAAAGUGAAUGAUAUUCUAGCAGAGAUAUUUAAGAAGAUUGGAUCUAAAGAAAACACAAAAGAGGGUCUAGCAGAGCUGUAUGAAUAUAAAAAGAAGUAUUCUGAUGCAGACAUUGAGCCAUUCCUAAAAAACUCAUCACAGUUCUUUCAGAGCUAUGUAGAACGAGGUCUCCGGCUGAUUGAAAUGGAAAGAGAAGGCAAAGGACGCAUUCCUUCCUCUACAGGGGUUUCUCCACAGAUGGAAGUACAAUGUAUUCCCACUCCCACCAAUACAGUCUCCUCAUCUAUAGGAAAUUCAAAUGGGGAAGAGGUGGGACCUUCUGUUUACUUAGAAAGGCUAAAAAUCCUCCGACAGCGAUGUGGCCUUGAUAAUGCAAAGCAGGAAGACAGAGCCCCGCUGACCUCCCAGUUGUCCAAACCAUCACUCCCAACAGUUGCAUCCUCCACAGAUAUGCUCCACAGUAAGCUUUCACAGCUGCGCGAGUCACGUGAACAAUACCAGCACAUCGAUCUGGACUCCAAUCAGACCCACUCCUCCGGCAUUGGAACUACCACUUCUUCCUCCACAUCCAAUAUCGAUGACUUGAAAAAAAGACUGGAGAGAAUAAAAAGCAGUCGCAAGUGAAAUUGCGUGAGACAGUGUGGCUGUUGCGAAGCUGUCUAUCUUUAGUUUACUAAACUAGAAGUCUUCAUAGUUAAGUGGCCUCAUGUAGGCCUUAUGUAUACAAACUGGUUUUCUGUGUAUAAUACAGCAGAUCUUGGAGGAGGAUCCAAGUCAUUGUGGCACAAAUCUUUGUACAUACUUUGCUUCUCUGUGAGCAUUUCUUGACUGUAGAAGACUGUCCGUGUAGUAGUUUUAGUGUACAGAGCUGUAAACAACCAUUCUCCUGCUCAGUCCUGUUUCUCAUAACUUGUUUUUAUUUGUUGAAUUGUCUGAUCUCUCUUAGCUCUCCUAACUCUUAGAAGCUUUUUGGUGGAUUCAUUUUUAAUUUUGUGAAUUUCUUUAUAUAAUCCUGUUUCUGGACGGACGCAUGGCAUGAAGUAACUAAUUUAAGUGUCUUUUUGUAAAUAAAGUUUGCAUUAACUCUCUGUGGGAGCAACAGUGACUGUUGGUGGGGAGUGACUAUCCAUGUUCCAAGUUGCUAGUGGCUCAGCAGUUCUAUAUGCUACUGAGCUGCUGUCUAAAUUCUGGCAGCAGAUUAGAAAAGCUGAGAAGCUACAAGUUCAAACAUGGCUCCAGUGAAAGAAGCCUUUGAUAUUUUUCUUAGCAAUAUUGUUGCUCUUACCACGGCUUCAGAAAUAGUUUGGGUAGAGGCAAAACAGCUUAAUGUCCCACAAGUUUUUCCAAGCCCUUCUUCAUAGUAUCUUAAUAUAGUUAGCCAGCAAGUGCUAUAUAACACACUUGGGGUUUUUUGUUACUUUCUGAGAACUGGAACUUCAGCAAUGUAGAAAUCCAGUAUCUUACAUUCAAUACAGGUUGGGCUGAAUUGUUCUAAAAAUACUUACAAUAUGCUAAUUUGGUUUCUGCAUAUGGUCGGUUCUGUUGUCAACUAAAAGCUGCUAGAAAGUGGUAGUAAAUGUAUGACCACGGGUUGCGGCUGUUGCUCAAGACUCUGCUUUCAAAAUACUUGUGCACUGAAGUGGAUCAAAUGUUGUGACAGUGGAAGGACACCAGUUUAAAUGAUGGUGGAGAGUUUUCUGACUGAUGUGCUGUUCCUAUGUGUAUCGGUUAUGUAUUUGUUUGCCUCUUAGGAUGUAAGUCCAAAAGCUGCUUCAGCACACAGAGUUUCUGUAGCAUUUUCCAGCUUAUUGAUUCCUGUUUGUCCCUCCUAAGAGGUUUUGAACUAAAUGCUGUUGCCUCAACUGCAUGGUCACCAUGAGGGUAUAAUAAAUGCACUGAUUUGUAAAGCAUGGGCAGGCAGAAUUACAGUCUGCAGGUAUGUGUCAUAGAUGGAAUUCGAAAAUGAUGUGAAGCUGCUGGGAAAUCCGAUGCUUUAUCUUAAAAAAAAAGUUGCUUUCACCCACCUCCCCCACCCCAUACCCAUCACUCUAGUCUGUGGCUUUAGUUUUGAUACUAUUUGCCAUUUCAAUAUUGGUUUCAGAAAUACCCUGUUUAAGCCACUUUUAGCUUAACCCAGAGCCAAUGGAAAUGUUUCUACCAUACAUUUGAAUAAAUGUUACAUUUUACUAUUAA